ACGCGAGUCCUUUGACUAUAAAACGAACUGUAAUGUUUGAUUAUAAGUCAGUUCAGUGCAUUACAUUGAUCAAGCAAUAUCAUACAAAAUGGCAUUCAAAUUCUUCUCAUUCUUUGCUCUCGUUGCCGUCGCAAGCUGCGGAGUUGUCUAUGACCAACCAGCUUAUACUUACUCACAUGCAGCUCCAGUUGUACACCAACCAGCUUACACAACAUACUCACAUGCUGCCCCAGCUGUCCAUCAUGUUUCUCCAGUUGUUAAAACCGUUGCCCCUGCAGUCGUAGCUCAACCAGCUUAUAUCAAACAAGCAUAUGUUGCCCCACAAGUCAUCACAAAGGUCGCUCAACCAGUCGUUCACAAAGUUGCUGAAGACUACGACCACAAUCCACAAUACUCAUUCGCUUAUGAUGUUCAAGACAGUUUGACCGGAGAUAGCAAGUCUCAACACGAAACAAGAAACGGAGAUGUUGUUGAAGGACACUACUCACUUGUUGAUUCAGACGGUUUCAAGCGUACAGUUCACUACACAGCUGAUCCAGUCCAUGGAUUCAACGCUCAAGUCCAAAGAGAACCACUUGGUCACAAAACAGUUGUUGCUCAACCAACAAUCGUCAAGACUGUCCAACCAGCACUCGUAAAGACUGUCCACUCAGCUCCAGUCAUUGCUCAUCAUGCUCCAGUUGUCCACGCUGCCCCAGCUUACUAUCAUCAUUAAGAAACUUUCUUCGAGUUUAAAUCAUCAUGAGUGCAUCAAGUGCUGAAAAAGUGAUAUUAAGGAUCAUUUUGAAAACUGUAUAUAAUCCAAAAAUCAUCAUCAUCAUCAUCUUACACCUAUCCAUCAAGAUUCUUUUGUUUGGUUGUUUGAUUCACUCAUUGUGAAUGUUAAGAAAUGCUAGACUGUCAAAUUAGUAUUUAUUUAUUGAGAAGAAAAUGAAAUGAAAAUACAAUGAAUAUUUAAAACCAUA